GCCGCGGACCAUGGAGGAGGUCCGUUUCUCCAGCUCUUUGUGGUGGAAGUCGCGGCAGAAAGGUCUCGAGUAGAGCCGGCGGCGGAAUAGCAGCGCCUCAGGAGCCAGAGCCAUGUUCGGGGGGCUGUCCAGGGUCUUCGAGGAUGAUCCCUUCUUUCGGGAUCCAUUUGCUGCACACAGUGAACAUGUACGUCGUUUCUUUUCUGAACCUUUUGGGCGAGAGCUAUUUCCUGCUAUUAAGCAUAGUGGCGAAGGAAAUACAGUUCAUAGAGGACGUCAUGAUUCUCAAAUUGCUGUGACAGACAAUCACAAGGCAAUGAGCCGUUCCCUUAUGCCUUUUGGCCAUUUUGGUGGCAUGGCAGCGAGUUUUCCGCUUGUGCCUUUUGGCAGUUUUGGUGGCACGGCCAUGAGUUUCCCCCAUAUUCCUUUUGGCUGUUUUGGCGGCAUGCAGGCCAUGGAUCCUUUCUCUGCAAUGGACAGAAUGAUGUCAAAUAUGAGGAACAGUAUGAUGGAAUUACAAAGAAAUUUUGAUAAAAUGGCACUUGAUCCAAAUGCACAUGCAUUCAGUUCUUCUUCAGUGAUGACCUACACCAAGAGGGGUGAUGAACCACCAAAGGUUUUCCAGGCUUCUGCUCAGACACGUGUAGCUCCAGGAGGAAUCAAAGAAACAAGAAAAGCACUUAAAGAUUCUGAAAGUGGACUGGAAAAAAUGGCUGUUGGUCAUCACAUUCAGGAUCGGGCUCAUGUCAUUGAAAAAUCAAAGAACAACAGAACUGGUAAUGAAGAACUGAAUCAGGAAUUUGUCAAUUUGGAUGAAGCUGAAGCUCAUGCAUUUGAUGAAGAAUGGCAGAAGGAGGUUCUUAAAUUCAAGCCCUCUGGACGAAGAUAUAACAUAGAGGCCCCAAGACAAAGGAAUAUCUCUCAAGUUGGCAAGGAAGAUGGAACAAGGAGGGAGAAGACCUACCCAAAAACAGCCAUAGAGGGACCUAGGAGACCUAAAUCUUCUGUGGAAAAGCUCAGUGUCAAGGGAUCACAUGUUCCUCUCAAAGCCAGCAAAAAAUAAAUGGCUCUGGUGCUUUCAGAUUAAUCUGGCUGUUUGGGAGGGAGGGAGGAGACAGUAAUUCUGGGUUAAUAAACAAGACCAAGCUCUCUGUUCUUAGAAGUAGGGAUUCUGUUCUUUGACUACUGAAUGUUUAUGAUGGCUCAACUCUUCAGUAACACAUGGUUCUGACCACUAAAGGAAGCAAACAUUGAUACUGAAAAGCACUUUAUGAAAGUUUGUAUUUUUAAAGUAUAAGAUAGUUAAAGCACACAAUUUUCAUUAACACCAACUGCUCUAGCAAGUAUGAAGAUAAAAGUGUAAUUGCAACCAUGUACAGCGUUUCAAAGAAGUACAGUAAAUAUAAUACUGUUUGUAACUCAGGCGAUACUGGUGUGGUUUUGAUGAAGAGCCAAUCAGAUAAAGUAAAGCAUUGCAAGGAAUGUCUGCACCUUUCCUACUGCUUUCCAUCUCUCUUGAAAAUGCUUUCUGCUAGCUCGCUGCUAAUUAUUUUAGAGGUUUUCCACUGGUUUACUUACUCUCUUUUAAUGAAAAUGGAAUAGAGAACCAGGGGUCUGAGAUUGUUAUAAUUGAGAGGCAUUUUGUCUUUUAAAGCUUGAAGAUGUACAAUCAACUGGGGAAGGUUGAAAUAUUUACUUACAUAGUAAAGAUGCAGAUUUUCUUGCUUCAGGAUGCAUCACACUUAUAAGAGAUAAGAUUUAAUGAAGCAUUUGUAAAGCAAGAUUAUAUUUAGCCUAUACUUCUGCCAACUGUAAGUGCAUCAGAUUAAGUGAAUAGGUGGAUUCUGCAAAUUACUUCAAGGUUUCUGAGAUCAAAUGUCCUUUUAUAGCAGAUGUGGGUACAGUGUGGGGCUAUAGAUGGUGGCGGAGUGCAGUUGUUCCUAACACUGUUCACUGUAGCUAUUCUGGCUAGUGGUGAUGCAAGUUGCAGUCCUACAUCUAGAAAGUUAGACUUCAGACAUCACUGAUGCAUCGGAAUAGACUUGGGAAAUUAUGAACAUUUGAUAGUUAUGUUAGGAUGUAUAAAUGAAUAUCUGGCAUAUAAAAAAUAAAAAAACUGUACAGUUAUUUUCUUCAGAUACUAGAAGGUUUUAAUUCAUGUGCUCUUCUGUGCAGGGCAGAAAUAUAUAUGUUUGCAUAUUAUUGUUAAUGCUAAAUAAACCUAGGUUAAUAUCUAUUUGAGCUGACAGUGUUACAAAAACCAACAUUCUCAUACUUAAUGGAGAGUUCAUAAAUAUCACUUGUCAUUUUUUGCUAAUAAACAGCUAUUUAACAGAG